AUGAUUGAAGAACCAACGCAUCCGCUAUUACAUAGACAAUUUGUCAAUCGACAUAAUGUCAAGUUUUUUAUUCGAAUUCUUGUUGGAUUGGCUUUAGCACAUAUUAUUGGACAACAAUUUCGACCAAGUGAUGCUACUCCUAAUCGAAAACCAUAUGGAAAAUAUCGAUUACAAAAAACAACUAUUAAUAAUGAAAUAUUGGAUCGAGAAAAGACUUCGACAAUUUUAACUACUACUACUCUUUCAUUGAAUACAAUUAGUUGGCAACCAGGACAAAUCAAAAAUUGUACUGAACCUUCGAUUAAUGAAUUUCCCGAUGAUUUAUUCACUCAAUCUCAACGACGUUCUGGAGCUAUAAUAUUCCAUUUAAUUGCUUGUAUUUAUAUUUUCAUUGCGAUUGCUAUUGUUGUUGAUGAAUAUUUUAUUGCGGCACUUGACAAACUGUGUGCGGCAUUAAAUCUUGAUGAAGAUGUUGCUGGAGCAACAUUUAUGGCCGGUGGAUCAUCAUCACCAGAACUAUUUACUGCAAUUAUUGGAAUUUUCGUCGCUAAAGGUGAUGUCGGUGUAGGAACAAUUGUCGGUUCAGCUGUGUUUAAUAUAGUAUGUGUAAUUGGAAUCUGUGGAUUAUUUGUUAAUGAAGCUAUUCGAUUAACUUGGUGGCCAUUAUGUCGAGAUUCUGUGUAUUAUGCCAUCUCCAUCUUAUUUUUAAUCAUUUGUUUAUCAGAUAGUCGAAUAACAUUAUUCGAAUCAGUAUUUCUUCUUCUUAUGUAUGCUGGAUAUAUUACAAUUAUGUGUAAUAAUAAAAAAAUACAGCAAAUAGUUGUUCAGCGAUGGCAAGUAUUUCAAACAUUUAAUGCACCGGAAGAACCAAUAAUGAAUUAUGCUCAUACACAAAAAAAUUAUGGAAUGAAUAGUACAUAUCAACGAUUUGAAGGAGAUAGAGAAAAUUCAUCGAAAAUUCCAAUUGAUAAUCUUAUUGCAAUGGCACGUAUUCCGAUUGAUUUUCAAACAACAAUAUUUCAAUUAAUGAUGACACGACAUUUUCGAAGUUAUACGAGAUUUCAAAUGGCCGUUCGUUUUGUUAUUAGUCAAAUGAAAUUACGGCAACAAGGUGUUACUCGUCCACAAAAACCUGCAAACGAAAGACGAUUUUCAUUUUAUCAAGGACGAUCAACAAGUUUGUUAGCUAUCGAUACAGAUUAUAAUGAUUGGAAAAAUAUUCCUAAUCAUAAUUAUGAUCCAAUUGGUUUUGCUAAAUGGGUUGCUCUUGCACCAAUUAAAAUACUUUAUCAUUUUACUAUUCCUGAUUGUCGAAAUCCAAUACGAUUUCAAUGGUAUCCAUUAACAUUUACAAUGGCAAUUGCUUGGUUAUGUGUAUUAACAUAUUUUAUGGUUUGGAUGGUAACAAUUAUUGGUUUUACAUUUGGUAUACCCGAUAGUGUUAUGGGAAUAACAUUUCUGGCUGCAGGAAGUAGUGUACCAGAUGCACUUAGUAGUGUAUUAGUUGUUCGUCAAGGUCUUGUGGAUAUGGGUGUAUCGAAUACAUUUGGUUCAAAUAUAUUUGAUUUACUUAUUGGACUUGCUUUACCAUGGUUUUUCAAAGCAUUAAUUACUGGCGAAGCAGUACAUAUUAAUUCCAAUGGACUUAUGUAUGAUACAGUCUUACUUCUUGGUAUUGUAGCUGUAACAAUACUUAGUAUUCAUGGUAGAAAAUGGUAUUUAGAUAAAUUUCUUGGUAUUUUUUUUCUUGCUGUUUAUGGAAUGUUCGUCAUUUUUGCUUUGUUAAUUGAAUUGAAUGUUUUUGGUUUUGUCAACCCACCUAUGUGUCAAAUAUAA